GAAGAAGUGGUGGGGGAAGAGGUGGACAUCAAUGCAAGACUGAAUAAGAAAAACAAUUGCUUCCUCCUAAACCAUGGCAUAUCAGUUAUAUAGAAAUACCACUUUGGGAAACAAUCUUCAGGAAAGCCUCGAUGAGCUCAUACAGUCUCAACAGAUCACUCCCCAACUUGCCCUUCAAGUUCGACUUCAAUUUGAUAAGGCUAUAAAUGCAGCAUUGGCUCAGAGGGUCAGGAACAGAGUCAAUUUCAGGGGCUCUCUAAAUACGUACAGAUUCUGCGAUACUGUGUGGACUUUUGUAUUGAAUGAUGUUGAAUUCAGAGAGGUGACAGAACUUAUUAAAGUGGAUAAAGUGAAAAUUGUAGCCUAUGAUGGUAAAAAUACUGGCUCCAAUACUACAGAAUGAAUAGAAAAAUGGCUUUUUUAUGCCAUCCUCUGUUAUUAUUCAUCACUUUUUAAAGAGAAGCAUAGAAGAGACUUUAUUUAUUCUAGCAUUGCAGAAACGGCCACACUGUGCUAUACUAUCAGAGAAUCCAGUAGAAAGAAGCUUGUAACUACAUUACCUUUAUUCUGCAGCAUGAAGAAACAGAACUUUUUUUUUAAAGACAAAUCAAAUGUUGCCUUCCUAUUAACAUUCUUUAAUAAACUCAUUUUAAAACUC